AUGCCGCGAGGCGGUCAUCGUGGCUGCCUGUUCGCAGUUAGCGGGCGCGCUUUGACUGCCUUCGGUCGACGGCGCAGGCGCGGUCUCUACCAUCACUGCACCAACGAGCUGUUUCGCCCCGCCUGGGGACCAGUGCGUCAACCGGCGCUGCUGAUGGACGCUCAGCUGCCCAACUGGGCGUCAGACACCCUGUCUCCAGCCGAGAAGUUGCCGCCCAAACCGCAGUACAGCCGCGACGCCAGGUCGGCUUGGCCGCAGGAAAGGUCGUCCUUCCUGCUCAACAUGUAUCGCAGGAACGUCAAGCGCUACUUCCAUCCCGCAGCGGCUGCGAACGAUGACCACGUGCGCAAUUACAUCUAUGAAGUGCUGGAACCCAGCUAUCGCAAGUGCUUCAGCGGCAUCGGAGUGGACUUCAUGAGGCAGUCGUCGAACCCCGCGCGGCACAUCGCCGACCUGGUCAAGGACGUCAACGCAGUGUCGGCACCCACCCUCGACCUACGGUACCGGGAAGAGGCUGCACCCAGAUUCAAGCGCAUGGAAAGCCUAGUGCGACAGUCGGAGGCCUGGCGCAGCGUCGCGCCCAUGCAGGAGGCGUCCGCCAACCCGUUCCCUCACGUUAACGAGAGCGCAUCCCUCGUUCGGAACCUCGGCGUGGCGGACGUGCUACACACGAAAAGCAACCACCGCCUUGCCAGGCGCGCACAUCCCAAGUGGUAUACUGCCAGGUAUCGCAAGUUCAUGGACAAGAAGCGGCUGCAAGAGAAGUUACGGCAACUGAAAAUUGAGACGGGGGCGUAG